CAUUCUACGUUGCCGUGACACCCUGGCUGCUGCGGUGAAGCCCCGCCCCUCCCACCGUCAACAACUGGAUUCCAGCUAUUUGUAAUUUUUCGUCAACUAGCACCGCUAGCCUGCUAACGAUGAUUCAUUGCGUUCGCAAAAAGACCACUUAGUCACCGCGCACGGACGCUUUUCCGUUUUGGUUCGCUUGAAACACACUCUAUCGACAGUUUGCGCCGAUGUGCAGCCAGCGCCAGCGAAAGGACCGACGAGAGCGGAGAGAUCGCCUUGCGCACCGUCCUUUAGCCGCCUGUGAGACCAGCUAACACGGCUAACACCGUACGUUAGCGGGCUGGCUGACAGCUGGUUCGGUUAGCUCCGUGCCUUUUUUUGACAGUUAACGAAGCCGAGAAUUACUCCCCGAAACAAUGACUUGUCUCUGACAUUGAGAGGACUGAGGCCCAGUUGGUUGUCACAUUGGAGUAACCAGAGCCCAUAACUAGCAAGGUGGGUCGACUCUACGGUGGUGCCAUUGAGGAGGAUAGGUGGGGGAGCCAUAAGUCAACUAGCCCAUGCACCCCUGGUUUUGACCUGCCAGAGCUGCCAAUAUGAUGCCGAUGAUAUUGACGGUGUACCUCAGCGAUGGGGAACAGGCUGUGACUGAGGUACCCAUCACCCCUGAGACGACGUGCCGGGAUGUCGUCGAGUUCUGUAAGGAGCCCGGCGAGAGUGGAUGCCACCUGGCUGAGGUCUGGAGAGGCAACGAGCGAGCGAUCCCCUUCGAACACAUGAUGUAUGAACAUCUGCAGAAAUGGGGGCCUCGGAAACAGGAAGUCAAGUUCUUCCUCCGGCAUGAAGAUUCACCGACUGAGGGCAGCGAUCAAGGGAGUCAGCAGUCUCAGGAUCAGACGAGUCGCAGAGGUGGGAACACUGGAGAGAAGCACAAUGAGAAUGGGGUGGGCAAUCAGCGUGUGGAGCUCACGCUGUCAGAGCUGCAGGAGAUGGCCACACGGCAGCAGCAGCAAAUCGAGGCUCAGCAGCAGAUGCUUGUUGCAAAGGAGCAACGUUUGCGUUACCUAAAGCAGCAGGAGCGGCGUCAGCAGCAAACUGUUUCGGAGAGCGAGAAGCUACAGAGGCUUAAGGAUCGUGUGGAGAGCCAGGAAGCAAAGCUCAAGAAGAUUCGGGCGAUGAGAGGCCAGGUGGACUACAGCAAGGUCAUCAAUGGCAACCUGUCGGCUGAGAUCGAGCAAGUUAGCGGUCUGUUCCAAGAGAAGCAGGCUGAGCUACAGUCUGCAGUCCUGAGGGUGGAGCAGCUCAGCCUGCAGCUGGAGGACCUGCGGAGGGGAAAGCUCAACGGCAUACAGACGGGCCUCGGUGGCCAAGUAACUGGCGCUGCAGCCCUGGAGCUCCGUAAACUCUACCAGGAGCUUCAGAUCCGGAAUAAGUUAAACCAGGAGCAAAACAGCAAGCUGCAGCAGCAGAAGGAGCUUCUCAACAAACGCAACAUGGAAGUGACGCUCAUGGACAAGCGCAUCAGCGAGCUGCGGGAACGCCUCUACAAGAAAAAAGCUGAGGCACGUCAAAAAGAGAACCUUCCUCUGAACAGAGCCAACGGGCCUCCCUCUCCCCAGCCAGCUCCUGGUACUCUGGGCCGCGUUGCUGCGGUUGGGCCAUACAUCCAAGUACCUGUACCGGGGCGUCAGGAAGGAGGCUACAACAUACCACCUGACCCGCUAAAGCCUCAGACUUUGGGCGUCAAUAACCAAGCCAACCAGGGCCGCACCAAGUCAGCUAAUGACACUGGCUGGCCUACUGUUGGCAAGACCAGCACUUCUCUAAAGCCUCCUGAGAGACGAGACUCAGGGACUGAUACCCAGGGCAAGAGCCCUACCUCAGGCUCCCCCGUCACUCCAAGUGCUGAAAAGGUGCUAGAUUCCAAAAUGGCCGUGUCCUCCCCCGCCAUAUCCAAGCCACAGCCGCCUCCCUAUGGCUCCCACCUCACCCACGCAAACUCUGCCAGCUCCUUGGAGCGCCGCAAGGAUGCGCCGCCUCCUCCACGGCCACUCCCAAACCCACCAGCUCCUGCUUGGCCCCGUGUCCCGCCCUCCACAGGCUCGUCGUCCCAGCAGAUCCAGCAGCGAAUUUCAGUGCCACCAAGCCCCACCUUCCAGCCUAACGUGCCGCUUUUCCCGCCCGGUCUGAGCGAGCGACUGGAUCCCCCGCCAGCUGUGGCAGUGCGCCCUUUCAUUCCAGACAGAGGAUCGCGGCCUCAGUCGCCACGAAAGGGCCCACCCACCAUGAAUUCCAGCUCCAUCUAUCACAUGUACCUCCAGCAGGCAGCGCCAAAGAGCCAGCCACUCAAGCCUGCUCUCAAAGCAGUAUAUGGGAAGCCUGUCCUCCCCCCCAGCUCCACACCCCCCUCACCCCUGCCUUUCGUCCAGGCGGGAGGGGCUUUCCCAUUGCUCCAAGGUCCACCCGGCGGUGAGGACACUUUUGACGGAGAAUUUGAUGAACACGACUUUUUCCAGCACCCAGAGCCCUCAGCACCUCCUCCCAGCGUGGAGAACAUCCCACGACCACUCAGCCCUACGAAGCUAACGCCGAUGGUACACUCCCCUCUGCGCUACCAAAGUGACGCCGACCUCGAGGUGCUCCGUAAAAAGCUGGCCAACGCACCCAGACCGCUCAAGAAGCGCAGCUCCAUCACAGAACCUGAGGGCCCGAGUGGACCCAACAUCCAGAAACUGCUUUACCAGAGAUUCAACACUCUUGCAGGAGGGAUAGAAGGCAAUGGAGUCGGUGGAUCAGGAGGUGGCAACGGCGCAGGUAACGGAACACCGUUUUAUCAGCCAGCUCCUCCUCCGGGAUAUCUGGGAGGCGACUCUGUAGCUGAUACAGACAACGGCAACCCGCCCUCUGAGACCCAGCUACCACCACCACCAGGGGUGGAGGAGCUGGGCUCCGAGGCUCCACCUCCUUCUACUGACGCCAAUGACAACGAGCCUCUGCCCUCACCACCAGAAGGGCUGGAGGAUCCUGCAGAAGCAGAGGGACCGGAGGACGAUGACAACAACAACAUCUUGGGAAGCUCUGAGGCGUUGCUACCCAGCCCUGUGCCGGAGGUCACCACGCCGGAAGAGAGUGGCACGGGGGUUUCACAGCCCCUGGAGAAGCGCACAAACCUGAAAAAGCCAAACUCUGAGCGCACCGGCCACGGCUUCAGGGUGAAGUUCAACCCUCUGGCCCUCCUGCUGGAUGCCUCACUGGAGGGAGAGUUUGACCUCGUCCAGAGGAUUAUCUAUGAGGUGGAGAAUCCCAGCACUCCCAAUGAUGAGGGCAUCACGCCACUGCACAAUGCAGUGUGUGCGGGACAUCACCACAUCGUCAAGUUCCUGCUGGAUUUUGGUGUGAACGUCAACGCUGCAGACAGUGAUGGAUGGACUCCGCUUCACUGCGCCGCCUCCUGCAACAGUGUCCAUCUCUGCAAGUUGUUGGUCGAGUCAGGGGCCGCCAUCUUUGCCAGCACCAUCAGCGAUGUGGAAACUGCUGCGGAUAAGUGUGAGGAAAUGGAAGAGGGCUACAUCCAGUGCUCCCAGUUUCUAUACGGCGUUCAGGAGAAGUUGGGUGUAAUGAACAAGGGGACGGUGUACGCUCUGUGGGAUUACAAAGCUCAGAACCAGGACGAGCUGGCGUUCAGCGAGGGGGACGCCAUCACUAUUCUCCGACGACAGGACGACAGUGAGACCGAGUGGUGGUGGGCGCGACUUGAGGACAAUGAGGGCUACGUGCCCCGCAACCUGCUGGGGCUCUAUCCAAGGAUUAAGCCUCGUCAGCGCUCCCUGGCUUAGAGUCUCACGCCACUGAACCUCUGGCUAACAGCUGGACUAGUGACAAAACCAAGAGCAGAGAACAAAGGAGCCUGGUGCUCCGUCUUCUCCCCGUGGCCAUAACCUCCCCCGGCCUUGUGCUUCUCACAAAAUCCUUUUUUUCUCUGAAGCUGUGGGCACCGAACUCUGACACACUGAUAUACAGCUGCACACACUUAGACACACGCGCACACACACACACACACACACACUGAAAUGCAAGCACUCCAAAUGCGAAAAAUCUCUUAAACCACUCCAUCCCAAACUCCUCCCCAACACACACACACACACACACACACACACACCUUUGAACCUAUUGCUCUGUCAUUGUCCCGACUCAAUUUUACCCAUGAUUCAGUGACGGCUCUCUGUAUUAGCCAUCAACUUGAAGAAUAAAACACAAACCCCUUGUCUCAGUA